GCCAGGCAGCAGCUUACCACAAUGACCAGUGCAAUCCCAUAUGUUAGCCAAGAGCAGAACCUUAUUGAUAUUUUGCCUUUCAGCGCUGCUUUAGUAAAAUACGGAGUGCUUGGUUGAAUGAUCAAAGGUUUAUUGUUCGUAUAAUACCUGAAUUUUACCUUAGAUAUUUCCAGUGAUAAUGUAUGUCUUACUGCCAAUGCCACUGGUUUUCUUUGCUGGGUCAGAUGCUUCAUCUCUCUAUUCGGAGUCUUCAAACGGUUGGAUCGAUGCAGCUAAAUUCUUAACUGGGGUUUCAACAGUGGGAAGCAUAGCAAUACCGGUUAUCUUAAAGCAUUCUGGUGUAAUUGGUUGGGGAGCCAUGGCAAUGGAACUCUCGUCGUUCUUCGUUUUCGUGCUAGCAAUUAUUUGUUUUAUUGGAACAAGUGAAGAUGACGAUGGAUAUCAGAUGUUCUGACUGUAACAUUGAUUGUAGAAAAUAAUAAGAGAAAAUAUUUUGUAUAUUGAAUUGGCUUGUUCAAUACAAAAGAUUGAUCCCCUUUUUAUCAGAGGGGAAAACAAAUCAAAUAAGUAAACUACUAUAAUUCUA